CUCAAGCCUCGACUUAAUUUUCUAGGAGCAAAGACGAAUAUUUUCGGUACACCCCCCGAUAUCUGACAUUCACACAUGAGGUAUUCCACGAUGAUACUUGAAAAGCCCGCAACAAAUUCUUGGCUUCUUAACUGCCCCAAAUCUGCGCUCAAAUCCAUCCCCGGCCUCCCACUAGUCACUUGCUUAGACUAUGCGCUACAUUCCCCAGGAGCUCAUUGACGAAGUCAUCGCCUUCGUGCACGACGAUAUGCCAACCCUAAAAACAUGCGCCCUCGUUUCUCAUGCCUUUCUCCCUUCCAGCCGCAAGCACACAUUUUCUCGAGUCAUCUUGGCUCAAAAGGACUACCGCUCUAGCAGUGCUCGUCCAUUUUCUGGGGGAAUAAUGUGUACCUGCGACAACUUUCAUUCCCUUCUUCGCAGCUCACCCUACAUCGCGUUCUUUGUCGUCUCACUUCGAAUGGUACACUUUCAAGUUGAAUACGGAAGAGGUGUUCGCGGAAUUUAUCAUGAGGACACGCUACCAUGCAUCCUCGAUUCUCUGCAGAACUUGCAACGCAUCACCGUUGGUGCUGACGAUAGCAAGGUAUCGUGGCGUAUGCUGCCGUCGGUCUUCAAGGAGGCUUUAUUUCGGUCGUUUUCCCUCCCCAGUGUCCAGUGCAUUGACAUUGAUCAACUGGAAGAUAUCGACCUACCACGCACUCUGAUGGGCCGCCUCGCUGGAUCACCAUCUUUGAAGCGGCUUUCACUGAAUUGGAUCGAAUAUUCACGCGCUCCCCGUUCUGAUGGUCUGGCUGAUGCAGACGUACGGGAGCCCGUGAUACGUCCGCGUCUCGAAGCAUUGGAGCUAUCAGGAUAUGAUUGUCCAGUUAGCGCAAUGUAUCUAUCAGGACCAAAUUCUCUAUUCGACACCCAUCACCUCCGUGAGCUUUCGGUGGGCUUUACGGGGAAAGAUCUGCAGAGGCAGCGUUCUUUGGUUCAAGCCAUCAUCGAUCAAGCCUCGAAUACUCUGGAGUGCCUGGUCUAUCGGCAACUUUUUGAAUGGGACUCUUCAUUGAGCCAAGGGCCUCUUCUGAAGACAGAACAUCUCGCGCGUCUGCGAUCGCUGUACGUUAGCGUCGAUUUCGUACCACCUCCCGCUUUGAUACCAUUGACGCGUACGUUGGAGGAGCUAAAACUGCUGGUGAUUUUACGAGGCAAUCACGUACCGCCGUGUCAUGAAUGGUCAUUAUUGGAUGAACACAUUGGCCAUUGUCGCGACAUGCCAUCGCUUCGUAGCGUGGAUCUUAAGCUGCACAGUCAAUGUGGGCAUAACUGUUAUAGCUUCUUGUGCACAGGUGCCAAGGGGGCCGAGACUCUGAGAGCUUCACUCAAAGAGGUCAAAAAGUCGCUGCCUAUAUUGCGUCACCGAGGUAUCUUGAGUGUGGAGGCAAUUCGAGUGCGUCGAGUAUGGAGCGGAGAGUUUAACUAGCGCAAGUGUUACACCAGCAAUAACGACACACUCAAAGAUCGUAGUAGACUUGUAUCACUACAAAGCUGAGGUUCCCUGUAAUCUUGAAUAUAUUUGUAGAAGGAAUACUAUGAAGUAUCAUCAAUAUGCUGGCAGAAAUGUGGAAACUUUGAGCAACC